UGCACAUUUCCAGGUUUUCCACGUCAGUGUGUUUACGAAGUACAGAUUGACAACCGGUAUAUUUGUUUUAAUUGCUCAUAUUUGACACUGUCUGGCAAUUUAAUAAUCAGUGUCUUUGUAUUGUAUGUAUAAGAAUUGGAAUGCCUUAGUAUUGGUAUUUCUCUAUAUGGUGUAGCUAACUGAACUUUAGUCAUCACUUUUGGUCAGCUGUACAGUACUUGGCUUGUUAGCUAGCUAGCUAGCUAGUAGCAGGCUACCACCAGUUGAAAUUGUACAGGACUCCAUCUUGGAAUUGCAACUAAACAGAAAACAGGAUGGUGGACAAGAAUAUAUACAUUGUCCAAGGGGAGAUAUGUACUGUAGUUGGUGCCAUCAAGAGGAAUUCAAGAUGGAAUACCCACACUCCUUUAGAUGAAGAACAAGAUCCAUUACUCAACAGCUUUAGCCACCUGAAGGAGAUACUCAACAGCAUAAAAGAGCUGUCAGAUGUGGAGCCCAACGUGUUCCUGAGGCCCUUCCUGGAGGUGGUACGCUCUGAGGACACCACCGGACCAAUCACAGGCCUGGCUCUCACCUCCGUCAACAAGUUCCUGUCCUAUGGCCUCAUAGACACCGACCACGAGGCAGCGGCGGAGGCCAUCGAGAACAUGGCGGACGCCGUCACGCACGCCCGCUUCGUGGGGACCGACCCGGCUAGCGACGAGGUGGUGCUCAUGAAGAUCCUCCAGGUCCUGAGAACUCUUCUGUUGACGCCCGUCGGAGCCCAUCUGACCAACGAGUCGGUGUGUGAGAUCAUGCAGUCCUGUUUCCGGAUCUGCUUUGAGAUGCGCCUCAGCGAACUCCUGAGGAAGUCAGCCGAACACACACUGGUCGACAUGGUUCAGCUGCUGUUCUCCAGACUACCCCAGUUCAAAGAGGAGGCCAAGAGUUUUGUGGGCACCAAUAUGAAGAAGAUCCCAUCCUGUAUCCUGGACACUCAGGAUCUUAUUUGUGCAGAGCAGCCUAGAAACACCAAUCAGAAUGGCCUAGAGAGGUUGAAGAUGCGGGCGGGCGGGAUGAGCGAGUCGUCCAAGUGGAAGAAGCAGAAGCGUUCCCCGCGGCCCCCGCGUCACAUGGUGCGCAGCUCCUCCGGCCUGAUGGACCCGGGCCAGACCACCUCCCUCAGCAACAACAACCUCUCUGGUGGAGUCCCCUUCAUCGAGCAGGGCUCGUCGUCCUCUGGCCUGCCGGUGUCGGACAGCGUGGCCUCCUCCAUGUCCAGCCCCACCACCACAGACAGCGGCCUGGACACCUGCUCCAAGGCCACCUCCCGGGAGGACCUGAGUGACCUGGAUCAGGGCGGCUCGGCCCCCACCACCCCGGGGACGGAGCCCAGACGGAUGGACGCUCAGUGUGACGAGCAUCAGGUGCAGCGCGCCCAGUCGGCCUCGGUGGAGUCCAUCCCCGAGGUGCUGGAGGACAGGGACUCUGCGACGGAGCCGUCGGACACGGCCUCCGUCCACGACAUGGACUACGUCAACCCCCGAGGGGUCCGCUUCACCCAGUCCUCUCAGAGAGAUGGCGCCUCCCUCAUCCCGUACGGCCUACCGUGUCUGCGCGAGCUGUUCCGCUUCCUCAUCUCGCUGACCAACCCCCACGACCGCCACAACACGGACGCCAUGAUGCACAUGGGCCUCCAGCUGCUGACCGUGGCGCUGGAGGCCGCAUACAUCGCCCCUUACCAGUCUCUGCUGGUCCUGGUCAAAGAUGAGCUCUGCAGACACCUAUUCCAGUUGCUGAGUAUGGAUCGUAUGAACCUGUACGCAGCAUCUCUGCGUGCGUGCUUCUUGCUCUUUGAGAGCAUGCGAGGACAUCUGAAGUUCCAGCUUGAGAUGUACCUGAAGAAGCUGAUGGAUAUCAUCACGUCGGAGAACAUGAAGAUGCCGUACGAGAUGAAGGAGAUGGCCCUGGAGGCUCUGGUGCAGCUCUGGAGAAUCCCCAGCUUUGUCACCGAGCUCUACAUCAACUACGACUGUGACUUCUACUGCUCUAACCUGUUUGAAGAUCUCACCAAGCUCCUCUCCAAGAAUGCCUUCCCUGUGUCAGGGCAGCUCUACACAACACAUCUCCUCUCACUCGAGGCCCUACUGACUGUGAUUGACAGCACUGAGGUCCACUGCCAGGCUAAGGUGCUCAACAACGCCUCUCAGCAGGACCAAUCAGAAACGGUGCUUCCGGAAGGGGAUGGCACAACCAAUGGAAGCGCAGACACGACCGCAGACACGAGCAGGCCAGACGGGCAGAGCGCUGCAGAGAUCCUGAACACACCUGCGUGCCCACCCACCAGCGGCCAUCUGAUGGCAGAGAAGAUGAGGCUCGGCAGGCAGGACCAGGAAGAGACCAACACAGCUGAGAAGAAUGUACUCCAGAAGCCUCAACGAUUCUCCUCUGGUCUGCCCAACUCUCAAGAACUGCUGGACAUCAAAAUCAAGAAGAAGCUGCUGAUCACAGGCACGGAGCAGUUCAACCAGAAGCCCAAGAAGGGCGUCCAGUUCCUGCAGGAGAAGGGCCUGCUCAGCAGCCCCAUGGACAACAACCAGGUGGCCCAGUGGCUCCGGGAGAACCCCCGCCUGGACAAGAAGAUGAUCGGCGAGUUCAUCAGCGACCGCAAGAACAUGGAGCUCCUCGACAGCUUCGUCAACACGUUUGGCUUCCAGGGGCUGCGUAUCGACGAGGCCCUGCGCCUGUAUCUGGAGGCCUUCAGGCUGCCGGGAGAGGCUCCCGUCAUCCACAGACUGCUGGAAACUUUCACCGACAUCUGGCAUAAGGUGAACGGCUCCCCCUUCAUGACCAACGACGCUGGCUUCGCCCUAGCCUACGCCGUCAUCAUGCUGAACACAGACCAGCACAACAACAACGUGCGCAAGCAGAACAUUCCCAUGACCAUCGAGCAAUUCAAGAAGAAUCUGAAGGGUGUCAACGGCUCCAAAGACUUUGACCAGGACAUGCUGGAGGACAUUUACAACGCCAUUAAGAACGAGGAGAUUGUGAUGCCCGACGAGCAGUCGGGCCUGGUGAAGGAGAACUACGUGUGGAGCGUGUUGCUGCACCGCGGCGUCACCCCCGAGGGCGUGUUCCUGCACGUGCCGGCCGGCAGCUACGACCACGACCUGUUCACCAUGACCUGGGGCCCCACCAUCGCCGCCCUGUCCUAUGUGUUUGACAAGAGCCUGGAUGACACCAUCAUCCAGAAGGCCAUCACAGGCUUCAGGAAAUGUGCCAUGAUAUCAGCCCAUUAUGGAUUCAGUGAUGUGUUUGAUAACCUGAUCAUCUCCCUCUGCAAAUUCACCACACUCAGCAGCGAGUCGGUGGAGAACCUGCCCACGGUGUUUGGCAGUAACGGGAAGGCCCAGGUGGCGGCGAAGACGGUGUUCCACCUGGCGCAUCGUCAUGGAGACAUCCUGCGGGAGGGAUGGAAGAACAUCAUGGACUCCAUGUUGCAGCUGUUCAGGGCCGAGCUCCUGCCCAAGGCCAUGGUCGAGGUGGAGGAUUUCGUGGAACCCAAUGGAAAGAUUUCCCUUCAAAGAGAAGAGACGCCGUCAAAUCGGGGCGAGUCAGCAGUGCUUAGCUUCGUCAACUGGCUGACGCUGAGUGGAGCCGAGCAGUCAGGGCUUCGAGGCCCCUCCACUGAGAACCAGGAGGCCAAGCAGGCGGCCAUGCUGUGUAUCAAGCAAUGUGACCCAGAGAAGCUGGUCACUGAGAGUAAAUUCCUCCAGUUGGAAUCUCUACACGAACUGAUGAAGGCCCUGAUAUCAGUCACACCUGAUGAGGAGACCUACGACGAAGAGGACGCUGCCUUCUGUCUGGAAAUGCUGCUGCGCAUCGUGUUGGAGAACAGGGACCGCGUGUCGUGUGUGUGGCAGACGGUGCGAGACCACCUGUGCCACCUGUGUGUCCACGCCACCGAGAGCUGCUUCCUGGUGGAGAGGGCUGUGGUCGGACUCCUCCGAUUGGCCAUCCGCCUGCUGCGACGAGAGGACAUCAGCUCUCAGGUGCUCCUGUCCCUGCGCCUGCUGCUCAUGAUGAAGCCCCACGUCCUGUCCAGGGUGAGUCGGGAGGUGGCCUACGGCCUCCACGAGCUGCUGAAGACCAACGCCGCCAACAUCCACUGCACCGAGCACUGGUACACGCUCUUCUCCCUGCUGGAGUGCAUCGGGGCAGGGAUCAAACCCCCAGCCUCCUUCCAAAUGGCCAGUGCCAACCCCGACCCGGACACAGGAGCCCAGUCGGACAGCGAGCUGUCCUCCCACCACCCCAGCGAGGUGAGCCUCGACCGAGGCUACACCUCCGACUCGGAGGUCUACACCGAGCACGGCAAGUCCAGGAUGCCCCGCUCCAUCACCGACGUCGACGUGGCCAGCAGCGGCUGGCUGGUGGUUGGUAAAGAUGACCUGGAAAGGCCUGCGUUGGCGGCGGCGGUGAGCUCCAAGCCCCUGAACCAUCCGCUGGUGAACCAGUACAGCCUGACCCUGGGCCAGGACAUGGGCCAGCACGACACCAAGUCCCUCAUCAAGUGCGUGGAGUCGCUGUCCUUCGUCGUCAGGGACGCGGCGCACGUCACCCCGGAGAACUUUGAGCUGUGCGUCAAAGCCAUCCGCGUGUUUGUGGAGGCCAGCCUGAACGGAGGCUUCAGGAGCCACGACAAGAAGAAGAGCCACAAGUACGACUCGUCCAAGUCCCGCCUGAGGAAGAAGGCCGGCGGCGGGGGCCGGGAGAAGGAGGCGGCGACCCGCCGGGCCAGGCCGUCCAGCCAGCGGCUGUCCCGCACGCACAGCGACGAGGAGGAGGACGAGGGCGUGCCGGCCAGCUACCACACGGUGUCUUUACAGGUUAGUCAGGAUCUGCUCGACCUGAUGCACACUCUGCACACACGUGCAGCCAGCAUCUACAGCUCCUGGGCGGAGGAACAGCGCCACCUGGGGGCGGCCGGCCGGAAGAUCGAAGCUGACUCCCAGACCCUGUGGACCAGCUGCUGGUGCCCCCUGCUGCAAGGUAUUGCCUGGCUGUGCUGUGAUGCCCGGAGGCAGGUCCGCAUGCAGGCCCUCACCUACCUGCAGAGGGCGCUGUUGGUGCACGACCUGCAGACGUUAGACGCCACUGAGUGGGAAUCCUGCUUCAACAAGGUGCUAUUCCCCCUGCUCACCAAGCUGCUGGACAACAUCAGCCCAGCGGACGUGGGGGGGAUGGAGGAGACGAGGAUGAGGGCCUGCACCCUCCUCUCCAAGGUGUUCCUGCAGCACCUGUCCCCACUGCUGUCUCUGCCCACCUUCGCUGCCCUCUGGCUCACCAUCCUGGACUUCAUGGACAAGUACAUGCACGCUGGCUCCAGCGACCUGCUGUUGGAGGCAAUCCCAGAGUCCCUGAAGAACAUGCUGCUUGUGAUGGACACAGCCGGCAUCUUCCACUGCGCCGACUCCCGAACCGGCUACUCCGACCUCUGGGAGAUCACCUGGGAGCGCAUCGACUGCUUCCUGCCCCACCUCCGAGAAGAGCUCUUCAAACAGACCGUCAUACCAGUAGAAGCGGUGCAGAGUGGUCCUGUGGAGCCUGCCCAGCCCCCCCCGGCCUCCCCUCCCCCAGCCCAGGCACCCUCCCCGGGCCCUGGACCCAUGCCAGUGCCAGCUGCUCCAGCAGAGCCAAAGAUCUCCAGUAGACCAGCGUCGCCCCAGGAGCAGCCACCACCCAGUGCCAAUGGUAAUGUCUUUAUGGCAGGAACAGACCGCACAUCUCCGGUGCCCCCCUUGACUCCACCCAUGCACUCCCCUCCCAAGAUGCCCCAUGCCCACAUCUCCUCCCCCAUGAGCCAGUCCCCCCCGCCCAUGAGCCAGUCCCCCCUCAUCCUGCAGCCCCUGGGCUCGCCCCUCCAGGUGGGCGUGCCCCCCAUGUCCCUCCCCAUCAUUCUGAACCCCGCCCUCAUCGAGGCCACCUCCCCUGUGCCCUUGGUCCCCACCCCUCGGCCCACUGACCCAGCUGACAUCUCCGAGGUCAAAUAAAGCCGCACCUCCCCUCCGCCCUCUUCUAAAACCCAUGGUUCUCCCCACUGCGCCCCUAAGUAGACCCCCCCCUCAUUACCUCAGAUACAGAGAGAGACCCUGGACUUGCAUGGUCAACUCGGCUCAAAACUGCAGAAGUGAACCCUUUAGCUUAAAUCUUAAAGUCUCCUUGCUUUUUUGACCCACGGUAUUGCUGUCCUUCAAUAGUCUUCUUCAGAAACAUUAAGAAUCCAUGUUUAGGAGAUACAUGUGUGUUAGGGACAACACUGUUUUAAGCUCUAUUCUGUCUUUUGACUUGCAUCCGUCAAGUCAGAUUCAUGAGAGAAUUCUUGAGAAUAUGAAGAUCACUACAUUGCAAGUAUGCCUGUGCUUCAUGUAAUAUCUAGAGGUUUCUGACAGGGUGAGUCCUUGCUAACUUGGUUUUUAGGUACAGUACUGCAUGUUUCCUGAAUAGGAUGUACAGUGAUGAAUUUUAGUCCAAAUGUAUCAGGGGCACUGUGUCUUCAAGUAUGUAAUUAUUGAUGUCAUCUCAUACAACUGAGGGUCUGAAGUCAAAUGUACAGUAAUAUAAAAACAAACAAAUAGUCUAUAUUUCCAAUCUAGAGUAUUUGAUCUGAGAGUGUUCGAGAAAGAAUUGUAUAUUGUUAUGUCCAAAGACGUCGAAUUCGGCCUGUACUUUACUAAUAUCAACUUAGUUCAAAUAUUUGUUUUAAUUAACCUGAAAUACCUUAUUUGCCCCAGAGAACAACAAUGUCACCUUACUUAGUUUGGGCAUACCCAAAUGGUGUACAUACAUACAGAAGACAGCGUUUGAAAGAUAGAUUUGAGAUAAGACGGGAUGACAAUGGCACCCUCUCCUAAACAUUCCGAAUCUUAGUCUGCCCUGGACUGUUGGUUUGCUGGAGACAGUCUACAUGUUCAUAUACAUGUGUCAGUUUUUAUGGAGAAGCAAGGAGGAGUUUCUUUAGGAGAGUCUUACAAUGAGAUUAUUUACAGAGUACAGUGCUUAUGUCAUAUGAGGGUAUAUUUGUCACAUUUGUGUAACUGGAUCCAUUGAGUCAUCGUGUCUCCAAAGGACCUAAGAAACUCAUUGCCAUAUUGAGUUUCCUUGAACAGGAUUCCACCGUAAAUCUAGUCUUGGAUCUUCAUGUUUUACUUUCAAACGGCUUUUGGGAUAUUUGUCGUCAAGUGUAUUUGGCAGGUCUAAAAUCAGAACUUGAUUAUGAAAAGUAUUCUUCCAGGUGAUUUGACCACAUUGAGUAGUGUCGUACAUUAAUUGAUCAAAGGAAGGAUACCUGGGGUUGAAGAUGGAGCUUUAUGAUUGAAUACCCAAACUUUGUGUACUGGAGUACUGUGUGACGAUGGAACAGGUAGUUGUAAAAGCAUCCAGUCUCUUCUUCAGGUUUCUUUUUGGAGAAACCUCAACCUUGUUUGAAACCGCCUAUAGUCACAGCUUUGCUCUGGAACAGGUCUCCAAUCGGUCUAGAAUAUUAUAUGUUAUUUAUUCCAUUAGGAAUGGGGAACUGGAGAAGAUUUUAGGUUGAAUCACAGUUAGGUCAACUGCAUCUUGGUCAGGUAACAUCAUUCUACACAUCCAUUGCCUUAUGUCAGAGAGAUGGGGACAGCUGUGCAUCAACACAACCACAUUACAAAGUGUCUUUGUAAGCCGUUUGUUCAUUUGUUGUGCUGCUUUGUUAGAAGCUAAUUUUGCGUGGACAGGAAAUUAAAUGAAUAUAAUGUAUAUAUAAUGAAAGGUAAUGUACUUUUUACAAUGUAAUAAAUAUAAUGUAAAGAUACCUUGCUGUAAUAUUGCUGUUUUUACCCAAUUUUAAUGGGUUGGUUAAGGGAAUUACUUAUUUACGUUGUAGUCCAGGGCUUCCUAUUAAUGUUGGUACUGUCCUAUAGGUUGUUAUGCCAACCCUAAUGCAGCACACCUGAUUCGAAUAAUGAGCAGUUUGACACGCUGAUUCAUGUUUGCGACGACUAGGGUUGGAGUGAAAAUUGACAGGAGCAUAGAUCUCCCCGAGUAGGGUUGGACAGCCCUGUUCCAGUCUUAUUUUAUCAAGCAGUUAUUACGUUAAAGUAUUUUGCUUUUGAAGUCUAAUUUCAGAGAAUUUAUCUGUAUACAAUGGUAAUAAAGUUAACACAUCAUUUUCUUCAGAGAGAUUUACCAACAGAGGUGGAUGUGAGUCAUUUGAAAGGAGUCCCAAGCUGUGUUGGAAAGUCAGGCCUCAAUCUGUGGUGUAAAACAUCUGGAUUUUUAUUUCAAAGCAGAAUGAGAAACACUCAUUUUUUUAGUAAACUAACUGUAUCAGAAACUACAGAGGGAUUUCUGGCCGCAAAAACAACCGUCAAAAUUGUCGUCUUUGUUGGACAUGGAAUGUAAAAACAACAAUGGGUAAAUAAGAAGUCAGAACGACAAGCCAUGGGGAUAAAGUUACUCUAGUCUAAAAAGAAUUAUAUCAUAAAAGGACAGUGUAACAUAAAUUCAUACAGUACUUCACUCACAAAGGUUUUUUUUUUUUUUUUCCUUAACCUUCCGAGGCUGGGUCCACAUCAUAAUAAUGCCUACUCACAUGACCUUCCAUUGACCUAUACCAGAUGUAAAGAACUAAACCCACCUGAAAUACAACUGCAACCUGUUUAAAAAAAAACAAAAAAACA